AUGGCGGGAAAAAUAAAAGUAGCACAGAUAAACCUGCACAGGUCAAGGGCAGCAACUGGCGCACUAGCCAACAUAAUGUACAAGUACAAAAUAGAUGUAGCACUGAUACAAGAACCUUGGACCGUAGGAGACAGAAUUAAAGGAAUGGGCAUGAUAGGAAGAGUAAUAAACAAGAACACAGACGAAAGACCGAGAUCGUGUAUAGUGCACACAGACAAGAUCAAACCGAUUAUUCUACCACAGUUCAGUGACAAAGAUAUCACUACAACGCUACUAGAAAACGACAGAGGGACGGCAAGAACCACAAAGAUAGUAAUAGUAUCGAUGUACAUGCCGCACAACGAGAGAGAUCCGAUAACCACAACAAUGGACUCGCUGAUCGACUGGUGCACGCACCAAGGAAUAAACAUAAUAAUAGGAGCAGACGCUAACGCGUGUCACACACUAUGGGGAAGCACGAGAACGAACGAAAGAGGAACAAAGCUACUGGACUAUAUGAAUAACAACGGACUGACAUGGCUAAACGAAGGCACAGAACCUACGUUCUGCACGAGCAACAGAGAAGAAACCUUAGACAUAAUGAUAACAACGACAGAACUAAGACCAUUAACAAGUAAAUGGAAAAUUCUCAAAGACACGUCGCUCUCAGACCACAGAUACAUCACAUUCGAAAUAAGAACCAGAGGAAUCCCGACAAUGAGAAUAAUCGAGAACAAGAAAUCGCUUGACGCUGAGAAAUACUUAGGAAAACUGGAGGAGAGACUAAGAGAACCCCCCAGAAGAUACGGCACACCCGAAGAAAUCGACGAAUAUUUAAAACACGUUACAGAAGCAAUCAAAGAAUCCGCGAGCGAGGCGAUCACAAGUAAAAGAAAAGAGUUCAACACAAAAGCUCCCUGGUGGAGCCAAACACUAGAAACGCUCAACGAGAAAAGCAACAGAUUAGAAAAGAAAGCACGCAGAACAGGCAACGACAGAGACAAGCGAAGAGCAAGGAGAGCGACACUGAAACUGGACAGAGAAAUAAGAGCGGCGAAAAAGAAAUCGUGGAGGAACUUCUGCAGCGGUUUAAAAAAGACACAGGACAUAGCGAGAAUAAACAGAAUACUAGAGAAGGUAGACCAAAACGGACUGGGAAUGCUAAAAAAACGAGACGGAACAAUGACUAACAACAUCAAGGAAACACUGGAAACUCUCAUAACGGAACACUUCCCCGAAGCAACGAUCGCAACAAACACAAACGAAAACGAAACACGAAACGACGAGGAGGAAAGCACGAUGCGAACCCCUGGAAACAGGCAACCGGCCAUACACGGCGGUAGACCGAACUGGGGGCUAGCGGCGAAAAUUAUAACAGAAGAGAAAAUACGCUGGGCCAUAAACACGUUCCUACCGUACAAGGCACCGGGCCCGGAUGGGCUGAUUCCAAAAUAUUUAAAGACAGGAAAACACCUGAUCUCUCCACACUAUAUGGAGAGAGACGAACGUCACGUUCAUCCCGAAACCAGGCAAAGCCGACUACUCGACACCGAAAGCGUACAGACCGAUAAGUCUAACGUCGUUCCUACUAAAAACAAUGGAGAAACAAAUAGACAGACACAUAAAAGACGAAGUCCUGACGAACAACCCACUCUCACCGAGACAAUACGCAUACAGAAUAGGGCACUCGGUAGAAGCAGCAUUACAUGGAAUAACAAGGCACUUUGA